UUCAUUGCUAAUCACUUUUCAAAGUAAUUGCAACACAUUAAAGCAUUUGUGCAGGAAAACAAAGUACAAAGAAAAGAAAAACACUCCGUCUUGGCAUGAUUAUGGCCAAAAAUAACCACUUUUUUUUUUUGCAAUCCUCCAAAUGCUUUGAAAUUAUUCGACAUUUGAACACCACAAAAAAACCCUGUUUGUGUGCCUGUUUAUUCAUCAUAGCUUUAAUAUUUCAUAAAAAGAGGAAAAACUAAAUCAGCCUUGAGCUCAGAGACAAAAUGAAAUUAAUGAAAUACAGAAUUUGUGCUAUUUUGCUGUGAGCAGUGGUAAAAAUGCCUCAACCAGUCCAGUCUGUCGCUGAGACUGAUGGGUAAUGUAGUUCGACUAAAUCACUGCGCUUUUAUCGCCGUUAUUCUUGACAAUUUAAAGGAUUUAUGAAGCACUGAAACAGCGUGUGCUUGUUCCGAUCAGGAGUGGAGCUGCUCAUUGUGGUGUUUUAAAGCUUAAAACAAGUCAGACAACAAAGUCACAUCCUAACAAAACGACACGGAAGUCUGUGCGGAGCUAAUCAGCAAGUUUGGAUCACCUGUUGUGUUGAAACUUUCCCGGCUGGAGGUAAUUUACAUGCGUCUGUCGGGUCGCGGAAAGUGGGCGUGUCAGCUUUUCCGCCACUAUUUCUUCCCGUGUCCUCCUUUCAGACUCCUGUGGGGUUUUUGCGGUCGACAGGAGACCACCAUGGAGCUCCGUGCAACGCAAACUUUCUGCCUUCUGCUGUCUCUUUUAUUUGCGAGUGUUGCUGCAGAUCUACAUUCGCCUGAGGUCCACACAGAGCUCGGCAGCCUGAAAGGUCAGUAUGUGACUGUGAAGGGGACAGAGGCGGGGGUCCAUGCCUUCCUGGGUGUCCCAUUCGCAAAGCCACCUGUGGGUCCUUCACUGAGGCUGGCUGCACCUCAGCCUGUGGAGGGAUGGAAGGGAGUGAGAGACGCCACCAAGCAGCCAGCCAUGUGCAUCCAGAGCAGAGAAAUUGUUCUGGAUCUACUUGAUAAACUGGGUGCGCUGGCAGCAGAAAUUCCAGAAGUUUCAGAGGACUGUCUUUAUCUGAACAUUUACACUCCUGCCAAGAAACCUCAAAAUGCCAAGCUUCCAGUUAUGGUUUGGAUCCAUGGUGGAGGUUUUACCAUGGGCUCUGCCUCCUUGUUUGACGGCUCUGCUCUUGCUGCUUACCAAGACGUGGUUGUGGUUCUGAUCCAGUAUCGUUUGGGACUCUUGGGCUUUGUCAGUACUGGAGAUGAGCAUGUGUCUGGAAACUAUGGCCUGUUGGACCAGGUAGAAGCCUUGAAGUGGAUCCAGCAGCAUAUUCACAACUUCGGAGGAAACCCGGAUUUGGUUACGAUAUUUGGAGAGUCUGCUGGUGGAGUGAGCGUCUCCCUCCUGCUCCUCUCACCGUUGGCUGAUGGCCUUUUCCACCGAGGCAUCGCUGAGAGCGGCACGGCUGGCCUGGAUAUGAUGGUGUCAAAUGACCCUCUACCAAUGGCAAAGGUAAUAGCAAAUCUGACUGGCUGUAGCCUUGAAAGCACAGAGAAGUUUGGUGAAUGCAUAAGACACCUCGACAUUGAUCCCAUCAUCACUAUUGCAAAGGAUCCGUCAGUGAGGUAUAUUAUCAAUGUUGACGGACACUUCCUGAGAAAACCUGUGGAAGAACUGUUCCGCAAUCAUGAGCUCCAAACUGUACCAUUCAUGACUGGUGUUACUAACGAUGAGGGCGGAUUUCUCGUUCCUUCUUUCCUUUUUCCUUCCAACUGGACAGAAGGAUUAGACCGGGACCUUGUGGUGAACGUGAUGUCCUUGUUUUUCCCUGAUGAGAAAUCUGCAGUUGUUCUCAAUCAGUUGAUAGAGGAAUAUAUUGGAACUGGAGAAGAUCGGAUAAGAAAUAGAGAUGGCUUCACUGAGAUGUUUGGGGAUAUAAUUUUUAACAUUCCAGUUGUCAAAACUGUUAAUGCUCACCGAGAUGCUGGUGCUGAUGUUUAUUUGUAUGAGUAUCAACACCCUCCUAAAUUGCUGAGGGACAAAAGGCCGAGCUUUGUGAAGAGUGACCAUGGAGAUGAGGUCCUGAUGGUGCUAGGAUUUUGCUUUACAACUACUCAUAUUACAUUACAAGAAGCAUGCCCUGAAGAAGAUGAACAGCUGACCAGAACCGUCAUGAGCUACUGGGCCAACUUUGCCCGGACAGGGUCUCCUAACGGGGACGGACUGGCUCACUGGCCAAAGUAUGGAGCAGAAGAGCAGUAUCUGGCCAUCGGUUUGAAGGAGCAGGUGGUUGCAGAUCACCUGAAGAAGGAUCGAUUUGUCUUUAUGACUGAGACCUUCCCAGAGAAGAUCAAACAACUUCAGGAGAAGCACGCGCCUGAGGUCCACACAGAGCUCGGCAGCCUGAAAGGUCAGUAUGUGACUGUGAAGGGGACAGAGGCGGGGGUCCAUGCCUUCCUGGGUGUCCCAUUCGCAAAGCCACCUGUGGGUCCUUCACUGAGGCUGGCUGCACCUCAGCCUGUGGAGGGAUGGAAGGGAGUGAGAGACGCCACCAAGCAGCCAGCCAUGUGCAUCCAGAGCAGAGAAAUUGUUCUGGAUCUACUUGAUAAACUGGGUGGGCUGGCAGCAAAAAUUCCAGAAGUUUCGGAGGACUGUCUUUAUCUGAACAUUUACACUCCUGCAGAGAAACCUCAGAAUGCCAAGCUUCCAGUUAUGGUCUGGAUCCAUGGUGGAGGUUUUACCAUGGGGUCUGCCUCCAUGUAUGACGGCUCUGCUCUUGCUGCUUACCAGGACGUGGUUGUGGUUCUGAUCCAGUAUCGUUUGGGACUCUUGGGCUUUCUCAGUACUGGAGAUGAGCAUGUGUCUGGAAACUAUGGCCUGUUGGACCAGGUAGAAGCCUUGAAGUGGAUCCAGCAGCAUAUUCACAACUUUGGAGGAAACCCGGAUUUGGUUACAAUAUUUGGAGAGUCUGCUGGUGGAGUGAGCGUCUCCCUCCUGCUCCUCUCACCGUUGUCUGAUGGCCUUUUCCACCGAGCCAUCGCUGAGAGCGGCACGGCUGCCAUGGAUUCACUUGUGUCAGAUGACCCUCUCCCAAUGGCAAAGGUCAUCGCAAAUCUGAGUGGCUGUAGCCUUGAAAGCACAGAGAAGUUUGGUGAAUGCAUAAGACACCUCGACAUUGAUCCCAUCAUCACUAUUGCAGAGGAUCCAACAGUGAGGUAUAUUAUCAAUGUUGACGGACACUUCCUGAGAAAACCUGUGGAUGAACUGUUCCGCAAUCAUGAACUCCAAACUGUACCAUUCAUGACUGGUGUUACUAACGAUGAGUGUGGAUUUCUACUUCCUUCUUUCUUUCUUCCUUCCAACUGGACUGAAGGAGUAGACCAGGAGCAAAUUGUGAACGUGAUGUCCAUAUUCUUCCCUGGUGAGAGAGCUGCAGUUGCUCUUAAACAGUCGCUCAAGGAAUAUAUUGGAACUGGAGAAGAUCGGAUCAGAAACAGAGAUGGCUUCAUUGAGAUGUUUGGAGAUAUGAUUUUUAACAUUCCAGUUGUCAAAACUGUUAAUGCUCACCGAGAUGCUGGUGCUGCUGUUUAUUUGUAUGAGUCUCAACACCCUCCUAAAGUGCUGAGGGACAAAAGGCCGAGCUUUGUGAAAAGUGACCAUGGAGAUGAGAUCGUGAUGGUCUUGGGAUUAUGCUUUACAACUACUCAUAUUAAAUUACAAGUUGAAUGCCCUGAAGAAGAUGAACAGCUGAGCAGAACCUUCAUGAGCUACUGGGCCAACUUUGCCCGGACAGGGUCUCCUAACGGGGACGGAGUGGCUCACUGGCCAAAGUAUGGUGCAGAAGAGCAGUAUCUGGCCAUUGGUGUGAAGGAGCAGGUGGUUGCACAUCACCUGAAGAAGGAUCGGUUUGUCUUCAUGACUCAGAUCCUCCCAGAGAAGAUCAAACAACGUCAGGAGAGAACUGAGCACAGUGAGCUGUAGAACAACAAAAUUGUCUUUUUCUGUUUUGUCAGUUUUUGAUUAUUUUUUUAAUUCUAAUGAGCAAAAGAGGUUUUCACAAAAAUGAGACAUUUGUAAGAUUGGCUUUAUGUUUGUACCAUUAUUAGUUAAUUUUUUGCUGAUAUCGUGAUAAUAUCGUUAUCAUGAUAUUUUUUGGUCAUGAUUAUCGUGAAGAGAGAAUUUGAUAUCGUGACAGCCCUACUUUACAUAUAGAAAUUGUUCAUCACAGUUUAGAAUUUUUAAGAUUGCUUUGUUCCACUGUUGAACACUGUCUUUCCGGUCAUCUGGAUUGUCAUUAAAUGACUGUAAAGUUUCAUUAUUGGUGUUUUCAAUUCUGUGGUCUUUAGCACUCAUACUGACUUGAUGGAUGACAAAUUCACCACAAAGUGCUGGUUGUGAUUACCCUGAUGUCCCCCUCACAAAAAUAAAAAUUGUU